GGUGCUGGAAGAGAGAAGGAAAAGAUACUCUGGAGAGACAGGAUGUCCCUACAAUCCAUUUAUCAGUCUAUCUAUCGGCUCUCUGCAUGUUAAUUCCUUUGUUUUGGGCAGUUUUGUUUUUCAACCGGGACCAUGUGAAGCUGUCUGGAAGAGCGGUGGAAAAUUCUCACAUUAUUCUCCGAAAAUUCCCCCCACCCCCUGGAUUCAAGAGAGGAGAAGGAUGGAAGAGAGAAGUGGAGGAUAGAAGUAAUAGAAAUCAGAUCAAACGCCCUGGAAAGUGAGGUGUUGAAGAAUGACAGGACUUAAAUGGGACCCCUUGUGCACAGAAGUGACGUCUGACAUUGGGGAUACAAACAUUGCCUAUUCUUUCAUGUGUUUGGAUACCCAGCUCAGCUGACAUCAAACCAGUCAUUCAGACUUUUUUUUGUUCAACAUCUAGUAACUUUCUCUUCUAAUCAGCAUGCCUCUUAAAACCUUUAAAAUACAUCUGCAGCAAUAGGUGGAACGAUGCAGAUUGCAACAGCUGCAUGGAUGCGCUGUUGUAGCUUGGGAAACGCUGGGAAUGCCAUUAAAUUGGGCAGAAGUGGGCCACGCAGAAGGAGGCUGAUGAUGCUGAUGUGGAUUAUCCUCUCUGGCUCACUGUGCCUGAUGGUUGACGGCCAGAUGAAGAUCCCACCAGAAACUGUGCAGCAGUGGGCCGUGUCCUUCGGAAAAGAGAUUGCUGCUUUGUCGAAUAGAUACUCUGGAGCUAAACUUUUGCAGAAGAAAUAUACGGAUGUGGAGGGCGUGGUGAAGAUGGAGGAGGUGAACGGUGAAGAGCUGGUAAAGAAGUUUGCGGAGGAAAUGGAGGAGAUGCUCGGAAGGAAAAUGAAAUCAGUGAAGAAAUUAGCAGAAGCAGCAGAAGAUGCUGAUCUUGGGCACGAGUACAACGAAACACUAGAAUUUGACUACUUUAACUCCCUGUUGAUCAACACUGUGGAUGAGGAGGGCAAUCCAAUACCACUUGGUGGAGAAUUCCUCUUGGAGAAAAAUGAACAUUUCAAUAAACUUCCAGUUAACACACAGCAGAGUAACAUCCAAGUUCCUACAAAUGUUUACAAUCGAGAUCCUGAUAUUCUAAAUGGGGUCUACAUGUCUGAGGCUCUGAAUGAUAUUUUUAUUGAUAAUUUCCAGAAGGAUCCAACUCUCACCUGGCAAUAUUUUGGCAGUGCCACAGGCUUCUUCAGGCUCUACCCAGGAAUCCAGUGGAUUCCAGAUGAAAAUGGCGUGGUCACCUUUGACUGCAGAAACAGAAACUGGUACAUACAGGCCGCCACUUCUCCCAAAGACGUGAUAAUCGUGGUGGAUGUGAGUGGCAGCAUGAAGGGGCUGAGACUGACGAUAGCCAAGCACACAAUUAACACCAUCCUAGACACUCUGGGAGAAAAUGACUUUGUAAAUAUUAUAGCUUACAGUGACUAUGUUCGCUACGUGGAACCCUGUUUCAAGGGCAUGCUGGUACAAGCUGAUCUGGAUAACCGAGAGCACUUCAAGCUUUUGGUGGAUGAGCUUCAAGUCAAAGGAGAGGGCAAAGUAAAAAAAGCAAUGAAGGAGUCUUUCAAGGUCCUUAACGAGGCUGCUGCACUGGGGCAGGGCAGUCUGUGCAACCAGGUCAUCAUGCUGAUAACAGACGGCGCCAUGGAGGACUUCAAGGAUGUUUUUGAAGAGUUUAACUUUCCAGAACGUCGGGUUCGAGUGUUCACGUAUCUCAUUGGGCGCGAGAUGACUUUUGCUGAAAAUGUUAAAUGGAUCGCCUGCAACAACAAGGGUUAUUACACACACGUGUCCACACUGGCUGAUGUUCAGGAAAAUGUCAUGGAAUAUCUCCAUGUUCUCAGUCGACCAAUGGUUAUCAACCAUGACCACGACAUCAUCUGGACAGAGGCCUACAUGGAUAGUGUGCUGUUUAACACUCAGGCACAGAGUUUGCUCCUGAUGACCUCAGUUGCCAUGCCUGUUUUCAGUAAGAAGGAAGAAACUCUGUCUCAUGGGAUUUUGCUGGGUGUGGUAGGAACAGAUGUGGCCUUAAGAGAAUUGAUGAAAUUAGCUCCAAGAUACAAGCUGGGUAUCCAUGGUUACGCCUUCCUCAUCACCAAUAAUGGUUACAUCCUGUCUCAUCCAGAACUACGGCCUCUGUAUAAGGAGGGAAAGAAACUGAAGCCUAAACCAAACUACAACAGUGUUGAUCUGUCAGAGGUUGAAUGGGAGGAUACUGAGCAGAAACUGAGGACAGCCAUGGUCAAAGGAGAAACCGGCACAAUGUCUUUAGAUGUGAGAUCUUCAGUGGACAAAGGAAGGAGAGUGAUCUUUUUGAAGAAUGAUUAUUUUUACACCGUCAUAAAUGAGACACCAUUCAGUCUUGGUAUAGUCUUGAGUAGAGGGUAUGGAGAGUACAUCUUCACAGGAAAUGUCUCACUGGAUGAAGGUCUUCAUGACUUAAUCACUCCAGAUCUGACCUUAGCCAAUGAGUGGACCUAUUGUGAGAUAGAUAUCGACCCAUCACAUCGCAAACUGACCCAGCUGCAGGCUGUCAUAAAAUAUCUCACUGGGAAAGAAAAAGAUCUGCGCUGUGAUAGACAGUUGUUGCAACAGACUCUAUUUGAUGCUGUUGUUACAGCACCUAUGGAAGCGUACUGGACCGCUCUCAUGCUUAACACAUCUAGUAUGGACGAUGGUGUUGAGACUGCUUUCUUGGGGACUCGUUCAGGCUUGCAGAGGUUCCUGAGGUACACGGGUGUUGAAAAAAGAGUUGGCAAGUCUUUCCUGACCUCCACUGAUAAAGAGAAUAUGUUCACUCUGGACCAUUUCCCUGUGUGGUACCGCAGAGCAGCAGAGUAUCCAGUUGGACAGUUUCUGUACUACAUGCCCAGACAGGACACAAGAGCAGGAAGAAUUGUGAUUAGCUCCACUGCUGUGACUGUGACGGUGGGCAAGAAAACAGCCAUCGCUGGAGCUGUUGGGGUUCAGAUGACUCUGGAGGUGCUUGAAUCCAAAUUUAGGACCAUCGCUGCACAGCCGAAUGACACAGACUGCUCCUCCAUAGAGGGGGUUUGUCCUCUUCGCUGUGACAGCUUUGACAUUGAGUGCUACGUGAUUGACAAUAAUGGUUUUGUCCUAAUUUCUAAACGGCGCAGUGAUGCAGGAAGGUUCUUUGGUGAAACCGACGGAUCGGUGAUGACCACAUUGAUCCAAAUGGGCAUGUUUAAGAGGGUCUCGUUGUUUGACUACCAGGCCAUGUGUAAGACCAACCCUCACUCUGUCAGCAGCGCUCGCCCACUUCUCAGCUCAUUCUAUGCUUUGGCUUCAACCUUCAAGUGGUUCCUCUCUAAUGUCCUACUGUUUCUACUGGAGUUCAAUUUCUGUAGCUUCUGGCACUCAGAGCAUUUUGCUGACGCUUAUGUUCCCAAGAAAAAAUGGAACAUCUUGCAGCCAUGUGACACCGAGUACCCAAGCUUCAUUUACGAGCCGUCAGUCAAGGAGACCAACAGCAUUAUUAAGUGCGGACGGUGCCAGAAAAUGUUUGUAGUUCAACAAAUACCUGAAAGCAACCUGCUGAUGUUGGUGGUACAAGGAGACUGUGACUGCUCCAGACAGUACCCACCCAUCACCUUGGAGCCCAAAGAAGUCAAAUAUAACGCAUCAGUUAAGUGCGACAGGAUGAGGUCCCAGAAGAUCCGGAGACGUCCUGAGUCCUGCCACUCCUAUCACCCACAGGAGAAUGCUAAUGACUGUGGCGGCGCAUCUUUUCUACGUCUCUCAGGCCCUCUCCUUCUCCUCUGCCUCUCCCGCGCUGCGCUUGUUUCCUGAUGCCAGAAAACGUUCCUCUUUUUUACAAACACGACUCUAAAAGAACAAGACAGGUUUGCACACAAAUCACCUCAAGUGGACUUCUUUGGAAGCAGACUCUACGUGUUCAUCUGGAGACUGCAAACCGUGUGGACAUUUUACGCGAAUUGUGAACACAUGGCGUUAAAAACUAAAGCCUCCAAAUGUAACCCUGUAGCGCUGGAAAAAUAAUGUGUUUGAUGUUCAGGAGAAACUAACUUAAGUAGGGAAACUCUAUUUGGGAUCAGAACAAAUAAUAGAUAUUAAUGUAUCAUAAAGGUUAAUAUGCAAAUUAGCGAUAUUAGGUGUAGAUGGGUUGUUUAACACUUUUCCAGUCUCAAAUAUGUAGUUUCUUAUUGAUGCUGCUAUGGCUAAACAGGCCUUUAAAAUUGAAGUGCUACAGAGGUCCUUGUGCAAUUCAUUCUGAUCUAACAAAUUAUUUCAAAUACAGCUUAAUAGUAUAAAAUCACAACCAUAGAUCAUUCACACUCCCUCCACAAGAAGGCAGCAAAGUGUGUCAAAUACUCAUGGGUAAUCUUGAGACCAGAAGCAGUUUGAAGUAAAUUUGGGUUCAUUGUUUUUAAGAGAAGUUAGAAACGCAAAAGGGGGAAAAAAAGCAAACAAAACUCAGCUGAACUUUGCAGAAAUAAGUGCUUAUUCUACAUGUUGAUGGAAGCAUGCGCAUUUCCUGUAUGUGAACACAGAUUUAGAUUCUGGCUAUAUACUGAGAAUAAAGUAUGAGCAGGCAAAUCUGUUUGCACAAUAAAGAAUAAAGAUCUGUGCUUUAAAAUGAGUCUAUCAUGUACAUAUAUGAAAACAACUUAUAUUUAACAAAGAUUUUUAAGGUAGGGGUAAAAAAAACAGAAUGACCUGCUGAAUUUUUAUCAGGAUUUCACCUUAAAACACGUCUUUCUAUUUACCUUUUACUUUUUAUGAGCUGUGCCUUUCUGCUGUAUGUAAAUAUGAAAAAAUACAUAUGCUGUAAGUUUUCCCCAGGAUGUAUCAACCUUUCCAAAUAUGUCCAAAUGUACGUCUAACAGGAAGUAAACAAAAUUGUUUUUAAGUUUCAUUUUGAUCUUUAGUGUCUGUAGGUAUAGCUGUGUUUUAAUUAAUUUUAAGAUAUCAUUUUGGUUGAACUGACAGGUCACUUUGUCCAUUUGAAACACACACUCUGGGUGGUUUUGCUUCACAGUAAUAUAUUUUUGGUAAAGAGACUUAUUGUAAUCAUUUGUCUUGUUUAUGUUUAUAAAGUCCUUUGAACAUUAAUCUGUAAGUGAAAUUGUGAGCAACACCUACCUAAGUCAUGUUUUGUACACUGUUAAGUAAAUUAAAUCCAUGUGUUUUUUCUA